AUAUGAUAUUUAAGCAAAGGAGUAUAUACAUAUAUAUACAUAUAUGUGUGUGUGUAUAUAUAUCUAUAUGAAUUUAUAUGCGUAUCACUGUGAACCAAGAGAAGCAAGAGGAAAUUUCUAUCAUUGGGGCUGGUCUCUGAUUGUGUGGUCGUAUACAAUAUUUUGAAUAUUUCCUUUGAUCUUCUACGUCAAGAGGACAAAGACUACGUGCCCAUUUUGUAUUUUGUUUUCCUGCUGCUGCUUUCCAUCCCUCUCAAUCUUCUUCUUUUUUCUACAUACGGGAGGAAUAAGGCGGAGUGAAAGGAUUUGACAAAAAAGGGAAAAAUCUGUAGAAAUUCCUGUGAUUAGUGUUAUUUCCGUUGGCAUUAGUGCUCUGUGAGCCGAUCACAGCGUGCUGUGUGAGAUCUGAGGAGGCAGCGGAGACAGAGUGCCACGCCGCUCAGCUCAGCAUCAGCCCAGCCAGCAUGCACAAACACCACCACUGCUGCAAGUGCCCAGAAUGUUAUGAGGUGACCCGUAUGGCUGCCCUGCGUAGGAUGGACGCCCCGUCGUAUGGAGGAGACUGGCAAGCCGAGCCCUAUGGAUACCCACCUGGGUAUGGGGGAGGCCAGACCUUACCUCCUCCAGCUUCAGGAGGAGGUGGAAGCAUGGGAGGUGGAAGUGGCACUUUGGGGAGAAGUAAGGGCAAGAUGAUGUCUAGUGGGGGGCCGGGAGGCCCCAACCCAAAGGGCCAAUCCAAGGGAGGCCCCAAAGUAAACGGCAGCAACUCCAGUGGACAAGCAGGAUGGUGGCCUGAGUGCACCUGUACCAACCGGGAGUGGUAUGACCAGGCCAACCCUCCCCCCAUCAUCGUCAAUGCAGACUCACUAGAUGCAGGCCCUUAUGUAAAUGGCAGUGAUGGGAUGUAUAAAUAUGAAGAAAUCAUUUUAGAGAGGGGGAACUCUGGCCUGGGCUUUAGCAUUGCUGGAGGAAUAGACAAUCCCCACAUUCCGGAUGAUCCAGGGAUCUUCAUCACCAAGAUUAUCCCAGGAGGAGCAGCUGCUAUGGACGGAAGACUGGGGGUAAAUGACUGCGUGCUGCGUGUGAAUGACGUGGAUGUGUCUGAGGUGGUUCACAGCCGGGCGGUGGAGGCCCUGAAGGAGGCAGGCCCAGUGGUGCGGCUGCUGGUUCGACGGAGGCAGGCCCCACCCGAGACGAUUUUGGAAGUCAACUUGCUUAAAGGGCCAAAAGGGCUGGGAUUCAGCAUUGCUGGAGGGAUUGGGAACCAGCAUAUACCAGGAGACAACAGCAUCUAUAUUACCAAGAUCAUAGAGGGAGGAGCUGCCCAAAAAGAUGGACGGCUGCAGACUGGAGACCGCCUGCUAGCUGUGAACAACAUCGUGCUGCAGGACGUGCGUCACGAGGAGGCAGUGGCUGCACUGAAGAACACCUCUGAUAUGGUUUACCUCAAGGUGGCCAAGCCAGGCCCUGUGCAUCUCAACGACAUGUAUGCCCCUCCAGACUACUCUAGCAGCCUGGCCCUCCCUCCAGCCUUCCCCACCAUGGUGGACAACCACGUCAGCCAUAACUACAUGGGGGCAAUGGAGCCUAAGCCAGUGUACCCUCCGCCCCAGGUCACCCCGUCUAGGUACUCGCCAGUUCCCCGCCACAUGCUGGGGGAGGAAGACUUCACAAGGGAGCCGAGGAAGGUGUUGCUGCACAAAGGCUCCACGGGCCUGGGCUUCAACAUCGUCGGUGGGGAGGACGGAGAAGGCAUCUUCGUCUCCUUCAUCCUGGCAGGAGGGCCGGCUGACCUGAGCGGUGAGCUGAGGAGGGGCGACAGGAUCCUCUCGGUGAAUGGAGUGAACCUGAGGAACGCCACACAUGAGCAGGCCGCUGCAGCACUGAAGAGAGCUGGACAGACCGUCACCAUCAUUGCUCAGUACAGGCCUGAAGAGUAUAGUCGCUUUGAAUCCAAGAUCCACGACCUUAGGGAGCAGAUGAUGAACAGCAGCAUGAGCUCAGGAUCAGGCUCCCUGCGCACCAGCGAGAAACGCUCUCUCUAUGUCAGAGCUCUGUUUGACUACGAUCGAACGAGGGACAGCUGCCUGCCCAGCCAAGGCCUGAGCUUCUCUUACGGGGAUAUCCUCCAUGUUAUAAAUGCUUCUGAUGAUGAGUGGUGGCAGGCGAGGCUGGUCACACCACACGGAGAGAGUGAGCAGAUCGGGGUUAUUCCAAGCAAGAAACGAGUGGAGAAGAAGGAGCGGGCCAGGUUAAAAACAGUCAAGUUCCACGCCAGGACAGGCAUGAUUGAGUCCAACAGGCAGCCAGUCAAAGUAAAGCGCAAAAAAAGCUUCAACCUCUCGCGCAAGUUCCCGUUUUACAAGAGCAAGGAGAAUAUUGUGCAGGAGUUGGUGGAGUCUGAACAAUGCCUGACAUCCAACACGAGCGACAGUGAAAGCAGUUCGAAGGGACAAGAGGACACAAUUCUCUCCUAUGAGCCAGUCAUUCGACAGGAAAUCCACUACACAAGGCCUGUCAUCAUUUUGGGCCCAAUGAAGGACAGGAUAAACGACGACCUCAUCUCUGAGUUUCCCCACAAGUUUGGCUCCUGUGUACCCCAUACGACUCGUCCCAGGCGAGAGGCCGAGAUGGACGGCCAGGACUACCACUUUGUGGCCUCGCGAGAGCAAAUGGAGAAAGACAUUCAGGAUAAUAAAUUCAUCGAGGCUGGACAGUUCAACGAGAACCUCUAUGGGACGAGCAUCUUGUCCGUCAGAACGGUGGCUGAGAGGGGGAAACACUGCAUUCUGGAUGUGUCUGGGAACGCCAUAAAACGACUGCAGCAAGCACAACUUUACCCCAUUGCCAUCUUUAUCAAACCAAAAUCCAUUGAAGCUCUAAUGGAAAUGAAUAAGAGGCAGACGUACGAGCAGGCCAAUAAAGUCUUUGACAAGGCGGUGAAGCUGGAGCAGGACUUUGGAGAGUUUUUCACAGCUAUUGUACAGGGUGACUCACUAGAGGAGAUCUACAACAAAAUCAAGCUAAUCAUCGAGGAGCAGUCCGGCCCCUACAUCUGGAUCCCCUCCUCAGAGAAGCUCUGAGCUCCCUGCCGUCCCACCACUCUGCAUUGGUGCAGACUCCUCCCCUCUUGCCUCCCAGAGACCCCACCCAAGCCCAAAUAGGCCCCCCUCCCCCCUCCUCACUUCCUUUUUGCAGAUAUGUUUCAUAUCAAGUUUUAGUGUCAUCAUUAUGUUACUCUCUAAAUGAAAAAGAAGUCUUAUCACCAUUACUGUGACUGUGCACACCCCUGCAUGAGUUUCUCAACAAAAUCCAUUCAAGACUGGAAAUGCCAUUCCAAAGGAAUUUGUCAAGCGAAAAAACAAAAGGGAAAAAGGAAUAAAUCCUUUUUGUGAACUGGGACUGACUGAAGAUCAGAAUGUUUUACAGAAAUCCGGAGUGAGGAGUUGCAGGGGAACAGAGACAAAUCAUACCAAGUUGGAACACUUUGUAAAUGUUCAUCAAAAUCACAUUUAAAAAGACGCGCGAGAUGAGAAGUUUGAAGACCAGUUCAGUUUUUUUUGUUUUGUUUUUUCUUUUCUAAAAAGACUGGAGAAAAUUGAGCCCUGCUGAUGGUACUGUUCAAGGAGUCAUCUCUCGUUUAUAAUGACUGAGGAAAUUAGCGGAGGAGCCUACAGACUGGUGAUCUAUUUAUCACAAACCAGCUUUGCUGUUUGGUCGUCUGCCAGUUGUCUGUGCUGCAGCUGAUAAAAACAUCUCGGGAGGCAGAUCAAGAGGAAGAAACGUGUCGUGAAUCUCUACAUUUAUAUUAUGAAUCACAAGUUAAAUGAUAAAAAUCCUACUGAGAUUUUACUACAUAUUAAAAGAAAAACUACACAUUUUACACUUCAAUAGAAUUGUCAAUUUGGAGGGCUGUUUUUUUUUUUCCCUUUUUCUUUAUUUGUGGGAUUUUUUCGCUUGUGGUUUUUAGCUGCUCUGUGUAAAGGACGGGGGUAGAGAAGUGUAACUGGGCUCUCUGCAAAACACCAAACUGCCUUACAUCAAAUACAAAUUCUGUUUUGUGACUACCUGUUGUCUGUGAGGGAGGCUGCACAUAAUCGACGAGGAAACGAGAGGAGACAUUCUCGUCUUUCCUUUCUUUUUUGUGUCCUCCAACUGCCAGGAGGCCUGACUUGAGUGCAAUAGAUAAAACAAAGUCUCACCUCUGUGGGCGCCUUCCCCCCCACCCCCACACCUCUGUAUUUCAACAUUUUUUUGCUGUAUAAUUAAAUAAGAAAUUUGGCCAUUUGAUUACAGUUUGGACAGCCAGAGCCUCCUAGCUCACGUUGAGCAGCAGACCACCCUAUUACACUCUCUGCCUUCCAAGAGGAUUCUCUUCUGAUUGAAUGGUCACAUGGUACUGUCCUAUCUGCCGCCAUGACGGUGGCCUUAAAACGGGUAGAACAAGACAAUAAUUGUAUUGGAUGUCCUAACAAUUAAAAGAGUCAAUAUAACCUGUUUUGGAUUGUCCCCAUGUCCCCCUAUCAAAAACACUAAAGUUGGGUUUGAUUUAACCGAUAUGCUUUGUGUAUCUAUAAACAUAUGAAUUUUUCACGCAUCUGUUGUUGGCAGGUGCUGAACCACUGUGCUGAGCUCUCUGUGCGUCUGGGACGAGCUAGACCGGCUCAGGAAUCUUUAACAUACAGAUAGUUUUCCCUGUGACUGAAGGCAACGUUCAGGCAAUGAUAUAAAAAAAAGUUCAUAGCACGAACAUAUCUUUGUUAAAAAAAAUGUUUUCGACUGAACGCCGUUAUCGGGUUGUGAAACACGGUUGUAUUACACAUCUCUUUUUUUUCGUGUGGCGGGGGAGCUCGUUCAAAGGCUGUCUUCGUGGUAACCUUUUUGAAUUGGCUGUUUGACGCCUUUCUCCAGGAUUGAAAAUGACGCGCGCCACUGACCCCACCCCGCAGAGUUUGGCACUGUAUGUUGAUGUGUGCAUGUGAGAGGGCACAGCAGGAGGAGGAAUACUGUGGCCCCUGAUCUUGUGAACAUUUCUCACUUUCCUCCGCAGCUUUUUGAAGAGUUCGAGGAGAUUUUUUUUUUUCUUUCCUUUCUCCCAAGAGAGCCAGACCCAGCGAGAAGUGGUUACCGAGACCUCUGGGUCCCCUGCUCUCGCCCACCCACAGAGCACCUGUACCUGCAGGCAUUUUUCUGAACAGGUGUUCCCACCUGCCAGGCACCACUGCUAAACCAGCUGUCAUUACCUGUGUCAAAACCAGAGUUCAGGGAAUAACCGAAGGGAACAGAGCCAUUUAUAAACUGCUAGCAGACUGUUUCAAAAGGGUGUGGUAGCUGUAUAAUGUAAAUAAGCCCCCAGCAGAUCUCCCUCACCUGUGCUUCAUGCAUGUGUGAAUCAAACUGGGACAAACAUGUUUUAUAGACCACAAAUGUCAGGUAAGUAAAGUUUGAGCUACUCUUUUGAGAUUUAAUUUCCAUACAAAUGUGCUGUAUCGUUGGUAUUUCUCUUCAAAAAUGCCUAUUGGAACACUUAACUAGUCAGUUGGGAAUUCGAUUCCUUCAGAUAGGGCCUGUCUACAUGUGAUUUCUUGUGGAACGUGUCUGGGUGUAUAGAUUUAAAAAAAAUAAAUUAUAUAUUGUAAAAUACUGAAAAAAGAGACGCAGGCGGAAAACCUACACAACAUCACCAGAACCAGGAGCAUUGAUCAAUCCAUCAUUAGAAGUUUAGAAUUGGUCCUCGCUGGUGUUUAGUUGAAAUACAGCUGACUGUUAACAAUGUGUGUGGUAUUCAUACCUCAGUCAGCCAUGUCAAAGCCCAAAGAACUUGAUUUCAUUUUACUCUUUCCACUGAGGUGGUGGUAUAUAACGAGAUGGAACCUGAAUGCCUCUGUGUGUGUAUAAUUGAUGAGGGGGUCUUUGUUCUGGUGAGAGAAAUGAUGACAUAUAUGCUUUUAUUUUUGGGGUUGGGGGGGUCGGGGUUCUUGUUUGUACUUUUGGGUGAUGUUUAUGUUAUAGCACAUCUGUGCAGUAAGUGCUUGCAAACAUGAACCCUUUGAUUGUACAGUAGUUUCCUUCCUGUCACUGCAGGUGGUACAGCCUAUCAGGACACGCGGCCUCAUGGUCUUCCCUGUCCUACUCAUGAGGGAACAGUCCUGCAACUUUUGUUUGGGUUUUAUUUUGGGACUUGACAAGAGUUUAUUUGUUUGAAAAUAAAAUAUGUGACUCAGUUAUGA